AUGAUGAAAGGUUUCAUCUCAUUAUCCAUUUCGGCGUUGGUCCUCUCAGGGAGCGGUAUCGCGACUACUUUGGUUGGGUCUACCGUCACUACUCCUCUCAGUUCUUUCGAACUCACCAAGGGAGCUGCAUGUGCUUGCAGCAAGCUCUCUCGGGCCUUUUCCGGAAUUAUCAAUCCUAAGAGUGCAAACUAUACGGCCCAGGCUGCGGAUGCCUAUUGGGAUGUUCGAGCCGAUCUUUCGCCUGCCUGCAUCUUUUUGCCGAGUAUGGCGGAUGAAAUCUCCAAGGCCCUUCAGAUUUUCCAGACUUGCGACGCGCAGUUUGCUGUUCGUGGUGGUGGUCAUAUGAAUUAUCCAGGAUCGAACAAUAUUGAUGGUGGUGUUCUGCUAGCCCUUGAGAAAUUCAACAAGGUCAAGGUCAAUGCCGAAUCCAUUGAAGUCGGACCUGGUCUUACUUGGUACAACGUCUACGAAGCCCUCGAGCCAUAUGGGCGCGCAGCAAUUGGUGGACGCUUGAAAACAAUUGGUGUUCCCGGUCUUAGUCUCAUUGGCGGAUUCCACUACUUCAACAACAAGUACGGUUACGCGAUGGACAAUGUCCUCAGUUAUGAUGUUGUUCUUGGAAAUGGCACUCGGGUCGUCGCAAACAAAACCUCUCACCCGGACCUGUUCUGGACCCUGAAGGGAGGCGCCAACAAUUACGGCAUUGUGACAAAAUUUACUUUGAAGACCUACGCUAUUCCCAAAGUCAGCGCAACAAUUCAGGUAUUUAAUGAGAGCGGCAUUCCUGGGUUCCUGACUGCGGUCUGCAACAUCGCUAGGCUUGACGAGAAAGAUCCUAUUGCUGCAGGAAUGGUUGCAACCGUGCAAUAUAAUGCCACAACUAAAGUCGCGUCAGCUUCGCUGCUUGGUGUCCAAGAAGGCGUUAGCCAGCCUCCAUCUCAAUUUGCAAACUUCUCUGCCAUUCCUGCUAUGACUCGGAUCAACAAUGUUACGACAAUGAGACAAUGGGCAUCGAGUCUCGAUACGCCUAAGCAGAUGUUCCGAGUCAUGUUCUCUCAUAAGACGAUGAAGCCGGAUCAAGACGUCCUCAUUUCGAUUUACAAGGCGUGGAAAGAUGCCGUUGACCAAAUUGCGGACGUUGAGGGUCUUUACCCAACCUUCGUAACGAACGUGGCUCCUGCAGGCGCAGCGCGAGUUGGCCUUACCAACGGAGUUGGCAAUGUUUGGGGACUGGAAGCACAGCCUUAUAUUUUAUGGCAGUUCAGCACAGGCUGGGCCUUGGCGCAAGACGAUCUUCGAAUCGAAGCUUGGUCACGCCAACUGAUUGAACGUCUGAAUGCAAUCAAUAUUGAGAAAGGGAUCGCUUCGGACUUUAUUUAUAUGGGCGAUGCUGGAGAGUGGCAAGAUCCAUUUGCAGGAUUCUCGGCAAAGAAUGUCGAACGUAUGAGGGAGAUCAAGGCCUCUGGGCAACAUACCGAAGACAAGAGAAAUGGUCUAAUCCAACAUGGGACCCCGGCGAACACACACCAAGUCCCGAACUGGGUGUCAGUCGUGCAAGUCGCGGAAAGUAAAGGUUGGCACCCCCUUCCCUCCUUCACCUCACAUCCAGCUAACGCAGCAAUUGGAACGAAUGAAAAGUGCGAUGAGGCCAAGCCAAAAUGCCAGAACUGCGUCCGCCAUGGGGUCGAAUGUAAUUUCAAUACUCCUCCAACCACAGCCAGCACCCCGACUGCAGGCCUUCAUACUGGAUUGAGCCCCUUCGUUAGCGAGGCCACUAGACUGAGUUCUGGUGCCGCAGCCCCUUCCAUGGGCAUGGCGGAAAUGGCCUUGCUGCAUCACUAUAGCACCUCAACCUGCUUUACGAUCUCACGCCACCCUGUCUUACAGACUGUAUGGCAGACCACCGUUCCUUCAUUUGGAUUUUCUUACCAAUUUGUUUUCCGCGGAAUUCUGGCCCUGGCCGCGUUACAUCUGGCACACCUGAAGCCGGAUCUUCAGGACCAGUACGUCGAUGCGGCUGAAUAUCAUCACAAUCUAGCCCUACAGAUGGUAUCAGCUACUAUCCCUCAAAUUAAUGAAGAGAAUGGACCCGCGGUCUAUCUGUUCUCCACAAUCACUUGCAUCAUCGGCUGUGCGCUGCCGCGGAAACGCGAUGAUUUGUGGGUCAGUAACGAUAGAAUCUUACAGUGGUUGUCUUUAUUUCGGGGUACGGUCUCUAUCAUUACUUCUGUACACGAAUCGCUCAAAUCCGGUCCUCUUGCGCCCAUGUUCACCUUGGGACGGCGGAGAAGCCUUGCCUGGGAAGCCAGGUCGACCGCCAGUCAGACCUUCCUCAUCAACUUGCGGCGACUCAUCGAGGAGGCAGUUGAGGAUCCGAUCGAUCUGAAAUGCUAUACAGAUGCUAUCGAUGAUCUAGGCAAAUCAUUCGCGACGAUUUUUGAGGUCGGAUCCCAGAACUGUGAGACAGCCGACAUUUUCAUCUGGCUUCUCCGGAUUACGGAUCAGUUUUUGAAUCAAUUGCAGCAGAGAACGCCGGAAGCUUUGGUGAUCUUUGGCUACUAUUGUGUUAUUCUCAAAGAGCUUGAGUGGGCUUGGUGGAUGCAAGGCUUCAGUAUCCAUAUGAUUCGUGCGAUAUAUUACCACUUGGAUGAGGAGCAUCGCUGCUGGCUGCAGUGGCCCAUGCAACAGCUCGGCUGGGUGCCUUGA